UAUGGCAAAUCGAACGGUCAAAGAUGCGGUAACGGUGAAGGGCACAAACCCGCAAUAUUUGGUGGAGAAAAUUAUUCGGACGCGUAUCUACGAUUCGAAGUACUGGAAGGAGGAAUGCUUCGCUUUGACCGGUACAAUGCUUCUAACAAAUUUUUGUUUGAACAUUCCCCUCCUGUGCUACAGAUAUAUCCGUGCACUGGGUGCGAUGUAUAUUCGUCUAACGUUCUCAUCAAUCGAAGUCUACAAGUAUCUGGAACCGUUAUAUAACGAUUAUCGCAAGUUACGAAUGAUGAAUAAAGAUGGAAGAUUUGAAAUUAUUUACAUGGAUGAAUUCAUUGAUAACUUAUUGCGAGAGGAACGCUACUGCGACAUUCAUUUGCCGAGGAUACAGGUUCUUUUUUAACU